UUCUUUUCUAUUUAUAUUGACGCUUCUCCUUUGCUUACAGCUUUGGAAAGAAAAAUAUCAAUGAGACAAAGCAGAGAGGAGCUUAUAAAACGAGGAGUGCUGAAAGAAAUUUUUGAUAAAGAUGGGGAACUUUCCAUACCAAAUGAAGAAGGAGCUUUGGAGAAUGGGCAGCCUCUGGGCUCCGGGCAAGUGCUGAGCUCCAGCCAGGUAUCCCUGCCAGCCCUAGCAGAACUGGAGUCAGGUCCAGCAUCUGGGGAACCCUGCUCAUACGAGGUGCUCCCAACCACAGAGAUCAUGGACGGGACAGUGUCUGAAGAGAGCCCCACAUCCAAUGAAUCCGGCGUCCUCCUGUCCCAAGAUCCUACAGCUAAGCCAGUCCUGCUACUUCCCCCCAAAAAAUCUGCUGCUUUCCCUGGAGACCAUGAGGACACCCCAGUGAAACAGUUGUCCCUCCUCAAACAGCCCCCUGCCCUGCCUCCUAAACCUAUUGCCAGGAUUGCCAGCCACUUAACUGAUCCUGGCGCUCCUGUGAAACUGCCUUGUAUGCCAGUUAAACUGUCACCUCCACUACCUCCAAAGAAAGUCAUGAUUUGCAUGCCUUUAGGGGGGCCAGACCUCUCUCUCUCAUCCUAUUCCACGCAGAAGAGCUCCCAGCAGCCUUUGACCCAGCACCAUCACACUGUCCUGCCAUCCCAGUUAGCAGCUCACCAGCACCAGCUCCAGUACGGCAGGCCUUCUGGGUCCAGCACGUUGCCCAUUCACCCUUCAGGGUGCCGGAUGAUAGAGGAACUGAACAAAACGCUAGCCAUGACCAUGCAAAGGCUAGAAAGCUCUGGUUUACACACAGGUGACAGUGUUACAAAAACAGGACCUGUGGGCCUUCCAGACAUGAGACAAGUGCCAACUGUUGUGAUCGAAUGCGAUGACAAUAAAGAAAAUGUGCCUCAUGAAACUGACUAUGAAGAUUCUUCCUGCCUCUACACAAGACAGGAAGAGGAGGAAGAGGAAGAUGAAGAUGAGGAUAACUCAUUAUUUACAAGCUCCCUGGCAAUGAAAGUCUGCAGGAAGGACUCUUUAGCAAUCAAACUAAGCAACAGGCCUUCCAAGCGAGAGCUGGAGGAAAAGAAUAUCCUCCCCAUGCAGACUGAUGAAGAGAGGCUCGAACUUAGGCAGCAGAUUGGGACAAAGUUAACAAGACGACUGAGCCAGAGGCCGACUGCUGAAGAAUUGGAGCAGAGGAACAUUCUGAAACCCCGGAAUGAGCAAGAGGAGCAGGAGGAAAAGCGAGAGAUAAAGAGAAGAUUAACACGUAAGCUCAGUCAAAGGCCCACAGUAGAAGAGCUACGUGAGAGGAAGAUCCUCAUCCGCUUCAGUGACUACGUAGAAGUGGCAGAUGCGCAGGAUUACGACAGGAGGGCGGACAAACCCUGGACACGGCUCACAGCCGCCGACAAAGCAGCCAUUCGAAAAGAGCUUAAUGAAUUUAAAAGCACUGAAAUGGAAGUUCAUGAAUUAAGUAGACAUCUAACAAGGUUUCAUAGACCGUAGCAGUUCAAUUCUACCUGACUACUAUGCCGUCUUCAAAACAUAACUAAAAGGAACCAUAAGUGCUGGUAUUAUUCACUUCCCUGAUACGUACAAUGUAAAUCUUCUGAACUGCCUUU